AUGCAUAUUGUAAACAGCUUUGUCUUUGGUCUUCUUAUUAGAGGAGCAUGGGGCCAAAUAGUCGAUGGGCCAGCGACACAAGGUGAUGGCAUCAUUAGCCAGCAAAACACAGCAUCGCCCGCCGAUGUAACUGAGCCUUCUCCACUGGAGCCAAUUCCUCCCACUGCUCCAACCGCACCAACAGUUCCGACUGCACCAAUAGAGCCAACCGUCCCUACUACUCCAACUGAACCGACCCAGCCUUCUAUACCUACGGUGCCUACUGAACCCACUGCACCGAUUGAUACGAUCUCGCCGACUCAGCAGAGCGAAGGAACUGAUACGACUGAGCCAACAUCACCAUCAGAGUCAAUUCCUUCAACAGAGACUGCACUGCCGACAGAGUCAGUAACUGGCUCUGUAACUGACAAUGUUGAACCUACGACACCGACUGAGUCUGUCACUGGCACUGUUGAACCUACAUCACCAUCAGAGUCAAUUACUCAAACAGAGACUGCACUACCGACAGAAUCAGUGACUGACUCUGUCACUGACACUGUUGAACCUCCGUCACCUACCGACUCUACCGAACCAUCUGCUUCCCAACCAGGAACCGAGUCUGUCCAACCGACCGAGCUUCCAACCGAUUCUAUACAGUCAAAUGAGCCGGCAACUGAUUCCAUCGAACCAACUGUGUCUGCUCAAGGGACUGCUGAGACAGAUGUUAGUCAGGCUAGCCAACCAAUUGAAAGUGCAACUCAGCCCGUUGAGCCGAUAGCUCCUACACAGCCGUCUGAAUCUAUUGCACCAACUGAGCCUACAGUAGAAGGUAUUCAACAGACUGAAUCCGUUGCCGCGCCCACUCAGCCGACUGAAUCUAUUGCACCAAUUGAGCCUACUGAAACGCCUGUCCCCUCUGAAUCAGCAGAAACUCCAACUGGAUUUAUCGCCCCAAGUGAAUCUGCUCAGCCAUCAGAACAGCCAACAGAGCAACCAACGGAGCAGCCGACGGAACAAACAGAGCCUGCGGGUACUACCGAGAGCAUCCAGUCUACAGAACAGGCCGAGACAAGCCAAGUGGAACAACCAAGUGCUUCAUUAGCACCAUCCGCGACAGAAGCCCAGACUGAGCCUAUAACUGAGUCGGAAGUAGUCGUGCCAUCAACGCAGCAAACUGAAGCUGUGACGGAACCGAUUCAGUCAACUUUAGAGACAGUAGCUCCCACAGAAGUGCUUUCUACUGUACCUACUGAGCCUAUCGAUACCGGAAACGAAUCUACGGUCGUACCAGAAAACACCCAGGGACCCGAAAAUACCUCUAAUGGGCCUACUGGUAUACCUGAGGGAACCCAGUCAUCCCCAUCAGGCUUUAGAACACUUACUACCGCCGCCCCAGAGCCUACGGAUGGGGUGGCAAGGCUAGACUUGACUGAGGCUUCACUUGGCCCAGGUGCUACAUUUACUGAAGUUGCAGGACAACCAGCAAUUCUAUUGGUAGCCCCUGCUAAUGGUGAAGCAAAAUUCACUCUUGAAGUCAAGGAACCUAUAAACAUUCCAGUAGAUACUCCCGUCAACGUCAGAGUGUCACUCAAAGUUGAAGAACUCGGCACCAACGAACGCCGCAAGAGGUUCCUGUUCGAAAGGGCCAGUGCAGGUACACGUCUUCAAUUGAUCAUGAAUGAGAAAGAAAUCUACGACAAGCAGAUCAGGUCGACAGAGGGAAAGUUUCGACAGAUCAAGAGUGAAAAGACUAGACUUGUACAGAAUCCCAUUAUUGAAGUGCUCCAGAGGGCUGGUAGUAACCCUGUUGCUGUCACGGUUCGUGGGGUAUCCUUUGUCGAAGCUUCUACGCCGACAAAGAAACCGAACAUCCCUGUGGUGGUUUCAAGGACAGAGGUUGUUCCUGGUACUCGACAAGAAUCUGCCCCGCCGGUACAAGAACCUACAGUCCAGCCUGAAGAACCAACUGUCGAACCGCCGCAGCCGAGCGUUCAGCCAAAAGAGCCGACUAUUCAACCGGUGGAGCCGACUAUACCACCAGAAACCACUGGGCAGGAAUCCGUUCCAGGGGUUCAGGAGUCUACAGUACCGAGAGGAAGGCCGACUGCUGCACCAACUGCUCCCGGCACAGAGUCUAUCCGUGGUACUCAAGAAACGGCGGUUCCCAGUGAAACUGAUAGAGGCACUCGAGUCGAAGAGUCUGGAAGCUUGCCUACAUUGUCCAACUUACAGCCCGAAACUGGGACUGGAACUGCCGCUGGCUUCCCUAGCACCGUCAAUCCUGUUCAGUCUAGUCCAACAAGUACCCCUGGUCCUGUGCAGAUCCGUCCGAAUGAGGGAGGACAUGGUGCUAUGGUGAACAUAGUUGUAUUAUACGGUAUCCCUCUUGUUGUCGCAGUACUAGUUUGA